ACCCCCUUUAAAAUGGUUAGAAAUUUGUAAUUUACCAAUUAGUAAUGAUAGCAAUUUUUGAUAUUAAUUCACCUUAAAUGUGUUGUUGAGUAUUUAACUAAAUACUUGAUUUAUUUCUGUUCGUGAGAUUUUGGAUAAAAUUACUGAAAAAAUCCUGAAGCAGAUUCUCUUGAACUUUCAGUUCGUGGGUUAUAAGUAUACUUUUUGAAAGUUCCAUUAAACCGCUAUAGGUCGAUAAAUAAUUAGACAGAGUAGUGUAAGAGAGCAAAUACAAGUCGCGUAAACUUGAAAACAUAACUUACACAUAUGAUGCUUUGAACUUGAACAUAAAUAUUCGUUUAGAUUCACAUUUAAUUAUAAGAAUAAAGUAAAGAAAUCUAUAGUUAUAGUUUUUUAAUCCCACAAUGGAUUCUUUGGCUAAUUAUUGCAGUGAUGGAGAAAAUAGUAACAAUUCAGGUGACGCUCAAAUAUCAAAUGAAAAGAAGUGUAGUACGCGCGAGAAGAAAUCCAGCGAUGUCAAUUACGAUCCUGUUCAAAUGGAUAUGAGUGAGGAAAGUAACAACAAUAAUUCUUCGGAUGACUCGGAAAGUGAUAACAGAACUCGUAGUCCAACGAUAUUGAAUCACCAGACGUCGAGUGCUGUAAAGUCAGAUUCUACACGUUCUCAUCGCUCUCCCUCAGACCAGAGACGUGCAGAUCAUGACUGUUACAAAUCAAGUUCUCAAGGGGAUCUCAAGCGCAGCAAUAAUAAAAAUUAUCGUACACGAAGCUCAGAAGAGAGAUGUCACCGAUCGUCAAGUGAUAGAAAACAUCGUGAUUCAGAUUAUAAAGAUUCCAAAAAAUCUCGAGAUGAUGAUAGAAGAAGACAUCACGAUGAAGAUCGUAGAAGAAUGCAAUACAGGCGAUCUAAAUAUAGAGAUCGGGACCAAAGGCAUUCUAGAAGUGACCGGACAAAAGACCGUUAUCGGGACGAACACUCGUCAUAUCAAAAAGACAAAGACCGUGCGAGGUCUCGAUCAAGAUCAAAAGAUCGUUCUUCAUUACCUUCCCGAUCAUUAAAUUAUCGCGAAGAAAAAGGAAGAAGUAAAUUAGCACAAUUAGAAAAACUUGGCAUAGAAUUGAAAACUCCUGAAUGUACAGCAAGUAAUCCAAAUGCUCAUAAUGAACAAAGUUUCUAUAAUCCUUUAACAACUGCAACUCAGGGAAAAUAUGCAGAACAAAUUCAAAAAAGGAAACUUUUGUGGGCUAAUAAGUCAAAGCAAGAAGAAGGUAAAGCUACCCCUGCAGUAAGUUCCAAUACAUGGAUGGGAACGACAUUUACUCAUGAUCAAGAUGGAAAGCUUUCAGCUAAAUUUAAAAGAUUAAUGGGUAUAAAAAAUGAAGUACUCAUUGCGCCGACGCCGGGACAAAAGCCAGAAAUUUUAAAGAAACAGGAAGAAAUGUUCAAUAAUAUGGAACAACAAUAUGAAGUAGCUCGCGCAACAACACAUACUCAACGAGGGGUUGGACUCGGUUAUGCUAGUAGCGGUUAUCAAUUUCCUAGAUAGUUUGCUUUAUUUUUUCUCGUUUUUGCAGUUUUUUUCAUAUUUCCAAACUAAGUGAGAAGGCAUACUUAUUUCCAAUUAAUAUAGUAAAAAUUAAGUAAUUUUCGAUCAUUUUAUAAUUUUUAUGGAAAUAUGAUGUGUUCAUAAAUUAUUUGAUGGAUAAGAUUAUCAACUCUUUAUCGAGUUAAGAGUAUUUCUAUUGUUGUAAUAGUGAAGGACGUCUAUCUGAGUAAGGAAUUUCACAUAAAAUUAUCUAAAAGUUAUUUUUUCCAACACAUGAGUUAUUUGACUUAUAAUGAUACUCGUUGAUAAUUCUUUGUAAAACUUGGAUUUUUAUGAAACUAUUGCCAAUAAUAAUUUCAACGACAUUUGUUUUUCUUGUGUGUAAGAAUUCAUUUUUAUUAAUGUAAUGAAUAAAUGAUAAAUAAUCUAUUGUA